AUGGGUUACAGAUUGAAAACCGAGAGCAUCGACUUGCCGACGGAGUAUGCUGACUGCGACUUGGGUUCCGGACAGCCGCCAUCCCCGUGCGUGCGUGACGGGGAGGAAAGCAUCCCUGACUCGAAGGUCCCUGCAGGAUUAAAAGCCGAGAGCAUCGACUUGCCGACGGAGUUCUCAGACAGUGACUCGGGUUCCGGACAGUCGCCGUGCGUGCCUGACGGCGAGGAAAGCAUCCCUGACUCGACGGCCGGUGCAGGCGUCGGCGCGGAGCAGGCCCAGCAGCUGCUCGUCGGCGAGGCCUUCUCCCUCGCAGUGCCGGCUGGCGACGCGGUCCAGGACGAGCAGGCCUCGAGCAAGGAGACGGGCAGGAAGGCGCGCCGCGGAUUAAACUGUGGGGAGUGCGGCCAGCGUUUCCGGACUGAGAGCGGAUCGCGGGACCACCUUGCAAGUCACACUGAGGGCGGACCUCACUCGUGCGGGGUGUGUGGCAAGGAGUUUCCCUGGAAGAGUGAUCUUGUGGAGCACUCGAGGGUCCACACUGAGGAGAAGCCUUUCAAGUGUGAUGUGUGCGGAAAGGCAUUUUCUAAUUCAUCUCAUUUAGUGAAACACAAGAGGAUCCACACCGGGGACAAGCCUUACAAGUGUGACGUCUGCGGGAAGGCAAUUUGUGAUUCAUCUGAUUUAGUGAAACACAAAAGGACCCACACUGGGGAGAAGCCUUACAAGUGUGACGUGUGUGGAAAAACAUUCGCUGAGUCAGGUCACUUAGUGAGACACAAAAGGAUCCACACCGGGGAGAAGCCUUUCAAGUGCGAGGUGUGCGGGAAAAGCUUUUCAGUUUCAUCGUAUUUAGCAAGGCACAAGAGGAUUCACGCUGGGCAGAAGCCGUAGGAAUGUGUUGUGUGAGGAAAGACCUUUUCUCCUUCAAAUAUCGCGAAGUCUCUCGAGGAGACCUA